GGCGUGACAAGUGAAACUUCAGAGUCUGUCUUCUGGAGACUUCGCCCUAUAUCUACUAGCUGACAGUGUUUCGAUCCACUGACUUUCUGUUACAUUCUUGCUGACCAGAACCAUGAAUACGAUCCUACUGACAUUAUCUGCGCUGGCCGUGCUGUUCAUGACCACACUGGCCACUUCCAACUGGAACCAAGAGACCAGAGACUACAUCCUGGAGAUUCACAACGAAAAGAGGAGGGGUGAAGGUGGAUGCUUGAUGAAUAAACUGACUUACGAUAUGGAGCUGGAGAGACAAGCCAAACAGUGGGCUGAAGGCUGUGUUUUUAAACAUGAGAUGAAAGAAGGCCGAGGAGAGAACCUGGCCUGGGACUCGAACCAGAAGCCAGAAAAAGAAUUGAUCCUGGGAUCUUCCGGACGUUGGUUUGACGAGAAGAAAAUGUACAGCUAUGGUCAAUACAGCUGUGGGUCAUCUUGUCAUUACACUCAGAUGGUAUGGGGAAGCACAUCUAAAGUGGGCUGCUACAGCUACAGAUGUCCUAACCUUGUCAACGCCUACAGAAACGCCUGGUAUCUGGUCUGCUUCUACACCCCCAAAGGAAACUGGAACGGAGAGAAGCCUUACGACAAGACCUGCAAGAGCAAGUGCAGAGAAGGACAAACCGAAGAGAAAGGACUCUGUGUAGGUGAGGGCAAAACCGGAAGCGUCAACCAAGGCGGUGAGGACGGAGGCUGCGACGAUGACCAGGGUGGGUGCGCCGCAUGGGCCAGCAACGGUCAGUGCCAGUCUAACCCCAACUACAUGCUCAAGUAUUGCAGAAAGUCCUGCAAGGUCUGUGUGAGCAAAACCAGCUGCGAAGACUCCAACCCUGGCUGCGCUGACUGGGCUAAGAGAGGCGAAUGCAAAUAUAACCCAAGCUACAUGGAGAAAAACUGCAAGAAAUCGUGCCACAUGUGUUAGAUGUAAUCAGGAUGGUAUCUGUAGAUAAUCAAGAAAGUGUCUGAACAUAAGCAAAAUGAAACUAUUUUUAUAAUUAAAUGCUAAAUUUAUUUUUGUAUUAAAUAAAUGUUUAUUUACCCAAAUUUUCACAUUAUAAAAAAAUUUACAUACGUGCAAUUAUAUUUUUAUUACCAAAACUCUUCAACUCUUCCCAAAAGAAGAAUAUAUUUAGACUGGACGAUAAAGAACAAAUUAUUAUCGGAAAUAUUUGGGAAAAGAUAAGUUUGUAGAUCCACAUCACAAACCUAUAUAUAUUUGCCUAUGUCUAUGAUUAUAAAACAAAGACAAAAUAUUGGGAAUAUGGCAGUUUUGCACUUUUCAAAACUAAAGAUCAAAGGUAUAUAUUGGCUGAAAUGUUAGUCCUAGAAUUUAUAGCUCAAUCGCCGCCAUUUUUUUUUCACAUAGAUAUAGUACAUAAAACAUAUUGACUCCCCCCAAAUAAAAAUAACUUCCUACUUCCAGUCUAUAUUUAUUUAUGUCUAUGGUUCUAUUAUUGCAAACACUCAGACUAUUACUCAUUGAAACGGAAUAUCUAUUUUAUUGUAUUUUUAGUGAGAAUAUUUUCAAGUAUGAAUCAAUUAUUUAGAGAAUUUAAUGUCAAUACUAGUCAAAGAAUUUUUUAAAUGUAUUUUAUAACCAGGGAAUCUCGGUGUUUCGCAAAAUACUGCAAAUAACAAUAUAGUAGAAGGAAAGUUACAAUGAGAUAAUUAACGAGUAGUAGUAUAUAGACAAGCCAUAUUUCCAUAGAUAUGUUAAGAUUUCUACUGGUAGACUAUUACUUCAAUGCAUUUAAAAGAUACAGAUUGAAAUGUUUAGCGUAAAUAAUUGCUAGUGCAUGUCAUGAAUACAGUUUACUCAGUAUGUAACUCGUAGAAAUGUUUGAAACAUGCUUUCUGAAGUAUCAAUUAAAAUCUUUUAAAUCUUA